CGGAAAUAUGUCUAUGCUGCUUAGGCUAUUCGGAUAAACAAUUCUUCCUUUUGCAAAUACCAAAUGACUUGAACAUAAUACAAAUCUCAAAUUGUUUCUAAUAAUCCAACAAAUAUCUAUUAGUAGUAAAAUUCUUUUAUUAGGACAUGCGUUACAUUAGUAACAGUUACAUCGACACGUACACCCGCCGCAUAAGGAGAGCUUCUAAGGGUAUGGACAGGGGUCCUUCGAGGGGCACACCUUCUUCUUGCAGAAGCAAGCGCUGAAGGACGGCGUCACGACGGGCACGUAGACGCAGGCCUGGGGGGGCACGCAGGGCCCGCACGGCGGGGCGCACACGCUGCACGGGGGCGGCGAACCGCAGGGUUGGACGCCGGCACAACAGGGCGGCGCGCACGGCUUGAGGGGGCACGGAAGGCAGGGCGAGGGACAGGGCGGGCUAGGCCCGCUGGGCGUCAUCACGAAGGGCGGACACGGCGAGGGGUUGACGCAGCAAGGACCGCCGGUGGGCGGCGGGCAACAAGGCCCGCUCGGCGGGCACGGACCGCACGGGGGGCACGGUAGACAAGACAUGUCUUCGCUAAGGUGGGAAUUUGUACUUUUCGAACGGAAAUUUUGAGAAAUUUUGAUCGUAACGAUUCGAAAGCCGUUUGAUUUAUGGUUGUUUAUUCGAUUUAUUGCCUAGGAGACUGAUUUCAUGUUCACACAGGUGUAAAUCAGGUGGCUAAAUACUAGACGCACCUAAGUCAAUAAUUCUAAAAAAAAAGAAGAAUUUUUAAAAUUUUAGGUUAGUUUGUGUUAGCAAAAAUUAAUAAAAUUAUUGAAUUCUCAUUCGAAUAUAAUACUAAUAGCAUAUUUCUUACAAUAAAUAAAAUGGAACCACCAAUAAAACCAGAUGAAACAGAUUGUUGUAACUCCGGCUGCAACCCUUGCAUAUUGGACAGCUAUGAAGAACAACUAAAAAAGUACAAGCAAAGGCUGGAACGCGACCAAAAUGAUUUAAAUCGAUUCAAAAACUGUUUAAUAACGACCGCAUACUCGAUUUUCAGCGUUAGGAAUAUCCAGAGGGAAUCUGCCGAUGCCCUUCUAAUCACGUUCGAGUUUAAGAAACUACUGAAAUCUAACAUUGAAACCGACAGAGUAAUGUACAAUCCGGGCCAGUAUUUUAUGCUGAAAAACGGGGAAUAUCAAAAGCCGUACACUCCGGUUCCUAUACACGUAUCCAAUCCUCUACAGUUCACUGUGCUCGUUAAAUUAUAUGAAUCGGGUCGAAUGAGUAGAUACAUUAGAAAACUGGAAAUCGACUCAAAAACAAUCUGGCGAGGUCCUUAUGGAGAUUUUAACCUGCUCUACGAUUACAAACAUAUCCUGUUAAUAGCCCAAGGGGUUGGCAUAGCUCCUUUGUACACUAUAAUACACAAUAUAACGCAAAACGAGGACUGCGAAACGUUCCUAAAGUUAUUCUAUUGUUGCAAAACGUACGAUACCAUUUAUUUAAGGAACCGAUUGUACGAUUUGCAACAUCAUUGGAAUUUCAGCUACGACAUUUUCCUAGGCAAUUCGGAUAACUCGUCGAGAAAAUAUAACGAAACUAUACACGAAUAUAAACUAGAUGCUUGCAAGAUAAAAGAAUUCUUAUCGGAUAAAACUGAUAGCAUACAAGUGUUAGUGUGUGGCAACGAGAGCUUCGCGAUCACAUUUAAGCAAAUCGUGAUGAAUUGUAACAUUCAAGAAAGAAAUAUAAGUGUAUUUUAG